CAAACAUGCAGGCGAAGGAAAUUGAAGUGUGACGAGGUCAAGCCCAUCUGCGGGCCCUGUCGCAGGGGUUCUCGGGAAUGUUGCUACUCUCAGAGGUCGAUAUUUCGGCACUUUGAGACAUCGCCGAGAGACAAGAGCAAGGACGCGAGCUUCUCCCAGCACCAGGAUCAACACGUCUUCCAGGACGACCAUGUGUGGCUUCAUGUGCCAGCCGAGCGUGGGCUUUUGUCAGUCCUGUACGUUUUGCAACGUUGACAUUUUGUUCAGUUCGGUUUAUACAUGUCAAAGACCCCUAUGCACAUCAAGAUGAGCCAUCCCGGCAGCUUGGGGAUAUUCAGGAACCAGAAGAGGAAUCAGUUCCGAUUCAUGACUUUUCUGAAGCCAUCCUUGACUCACCUAUAGAAGAAAGCAUCUUGACAGCAACGGAUGAACCCCAAGAUUAUGCCGAGCAUCCACAAACGCCAGAUAUAGAUGAGCCGGCAUCAACAUCAAACUUGACGGCAUUGCACUUGCUCAGACAUUUCAAGCAAGGUCCUGGUCAAUGGUGAGUCUCCCCAUCUCAACCCCACAGUCUCCUAUUCUCACAGAGUCUCAGGAUGGACAUAUUUGAUACGGGGUCCUACUUCUCCUGCAAAGUCCCGGUCAUAGCAGCCACAAAGCCCCUGUUGAAAUCAGCAGUUUGCGCAGUCUCGGCCAAACAUCUCGACCGCCUCUCUCGAGCUGAGACUUCUUCUGAAAACAGUUUUCAUGCAUCCCGUUAUGCUGUUGACUGGCAUUACCAGUCUGCGAAGCAUUAUGGCGAAGCUAUUAACCACCUCAAAAAUGCGGUUGAUCUACGAGCAUAUGAGAAUGACUUGAGUGAUAAAGAGGACAUGCUUGCUGCUGUGGCGAUACUUUGCAUAUAUGAACUCAUGGAUGCACCUGAUACAGCCUGGCGAGCACAUCUCAAGGCAUUGCCGCUCUUUGAUCCCAAAUCAGAUCCUUUCGCUGCCCCGUCAUCACCGGUAGUGAUCCCUCGGACGGCAAUCCAAGGCCCCAUCUUCUGGAGUCUGGCAAGACAAGACUUGCUUUGCGCGUUCAUUAGCGAAACACAGACUCGUCUUGAUCUGAAAGACAUGCGCCUAUGGCAGAAUGCAGGCCUCGCUACAAAUGAAAACGGCUCUCUAAUGCCAUUCAGUCCUCCCGGCUCAGCUGACGUUCGCACCUCGGCCGAUAUUGAAGAAGACACCAAGAGCAACGAGCUAACCUGGCUCCUGGGCAAGAUAUCGAAUUACCUUACGUCUGGCGAUGCCAUCAACCCCACCGACUAUGCCCUGCCUCAUGGGCAGCGUCCUCCAGUCGGAGUCACCCAGGAGCGGCUUCUCGAGCGAUGGAAACUGUUGAUGGCCGAGUUGCAAAAGUGGACAGCAUAUUUAGGAAGUGAGGAGGAGUGCUUCACCAACUUUGAACAAAUAUGGUACGAGUUACCAAUCUGCGCCGCAACCAUGCAAAACUACCACAUGGCCAUGAUCCUCCUCCUCGUCAACAGACCCCAAGAGUCAACGGCUAUCCGCUCCACAGUCUCCGCCCGCCUCAAUUCAUACAGGCAGAUCCAGGCCAAAGUGCAUGACCACGCGAGAGAGAUAUGCGGCAUCAGCUUGGCGAAUCCCACGGAUCCGAUGAGGAUCAAUUCGGUGCAGGCCCUGUUUGUCGCGGGGCAGGUGUUUUUUGAGAGGUGUGAGCAGGAGGCUGUUUUGAAGCUGCUUGAGGGGAUACAGAGGGAUCUGGGGUGGACUACUAGUUUUCAUACCGCUAAGCUUGUUGAUGAGUGGCCGAAAGGGUAG